AAUAGCAUUGGUUUUAUUUACAAAGCCGAAAUUCGGAAAUGAAACCUAACUUCUACUUCUUUCAAUAUCAAUACUAAGAUCUUCACACUUAAAUUAAACGUACUGAUUAUUUUUACUUACUAAAAUGAAGAAAAGCACUGCAAGAGUUACAACACCCACUAAGAACCCCAAAGCAGGCAGUAAAUCACAGCGUAAACAAAAGAUUAAAAUUAUUUCUCCUCCUACUCCUGACUCUUCCCCCUGCAGUGUUGUUGAAUCUGAGACUGACAUAAGAAAUAAUGUUAAGGAAGAGUUAAAUAUGAGUGUACAUAAUGAAGACUCAGCGGGUAGCGAAAGUUGUCAAACUUUACCUACUCCACCUGGUGUUAGUAAUGAAAAACAAAAUUUCCUUGAUGAAAUCACUAGUGAUGCUGAUAAAGUUGAUUGUACUGCAGAAUCUGUGGACAAAGAGAACACAAAUAGAGAAAAUGUAUUAGUAAAUAGAACCCCAGACAAAAGUAAAAAAAAAGACAGAGCAGAAAGUGCAAAUCCACCACAAGAAGAGCAGAUUGAGUCUCCUUCUGUCCCUCCUAAAACAAAAAUGAGGAGGGGAAAAACACAAAUAAAAACAGAAACUACAGCUGCAAAGUCAGUAAGACGAAAGAAGAAAGAACCACCCACUAUCCAGAGCAAUACUAUAACAGAUUAUUUUCCUGUUCGUCGAAGUAGCAGACAAACCAAAUCAGAAAUAGAGAAAGAGAAGCGUCACCAACUGGAACAACAAAUAAAACAGGGUUGUACAGAUGGAUUGCAGAUUAAGGAGUUUGAAAGCAAAGGCAGAGGUAUUGUAGCCACCAAAGCUUUCAGUAAAGGUGACUUUGUGGUUGAGUAUGCUGGGGAGUUGAUAGAUUGUGUAGAAGCAAAAGCAAGGGAGGAAAAGUAUUCUAAAACACCAGAAGUUGGAUGCUACAUGUAUUAUUUUAUUUGUGAUGGGAAGCAACACUGCAUUGAUGCCACCGAUGAGUCUGGAUUAUUUGGCCGUCUAGUCAACCACAGUCGUGAAGGAAACUGCUGCACCAGAGCUGUAGUAGUGGAUCAAAAGCCUCACCUUAUCCUGGUUGCCAGUAGAGAUAUCAAACCUGAUGAAGAACUGUGCUAUGAUUAUGGCGACCGUAGGAAGGAGGUUAUACAGGAGCACCCGUGGCUAAAGACAUAAUUGGUUGUAUAACACUUGUAACAUACUGGAGAUGUGCAAUCCACCCUUUAUCAUAUCUGAUUUCUUCCAUAAAUGACGCAAUAUAUUUUAAGUUGAUUUUUAUCCCUUACAUCUAUUUCUGUAAAGAAUCAGGACACCUGUAUUUUUUACUCCCACCCCCAUUCACGUAAAAAUUCUCCUCCCUCCCACCUUAAUAAUUAUCUUUCUAAUUAACCUAAUCAAUAUGAUUAUGAAUCGCAUCAUUUGUAAGUUCACAUUUUUCAAAACCUCCUUACAACCCAUCAUUUAAAAAAAUACCGCUAAACCCCAUUCCCCCCCC